GGUGUGUUAAAGGUGAGGGAGGAGAGAGAAAGUGAAGUAGGAUUGAGUGGGAGUACUGAUGGUGGUGGUGAGUGAAAAUGAGGGUGUGAGAAGUUUGUAUUGCCGUACAAAUAAUAGCUGGACUGACGAAAUGUUUGGUCAGUCCAGACUGACGCAAUAAUUUGUGUUUCUUGUAUCUACUCCGUAUUUGACAAUUAUUUAUUCCUUCCAUCUUCAAUUCUCCAUUGUUUUUAUUUUAAAAUUUAUUUUAUAUUUUAUAAUUUAUAUAUUAUUUAAUUCGUAACUCUUGAUUCAAUUGGGAAUGUAAUUAUGGGCAUAGCUGUCAUUUUGUAAUGGGAUAUCAAACCACUAUUCCCAAAACGCUGGGUGAAGUAGUGGUUUCAAAAUUAACUGUUUGUUCCAAUAUGCUCUUCUAAUCCACUCUUUACCAAACAGUAUGAAGAGAGGAUUUGAGCGGUCAAACCGCUAGCUUUGCCCCAAUCCGCUAGCUUUGCCCCAAUCCGCUAAUUUUCCCCCAAUCCUCUCUUUACCAAACAGGCCCGAAAAAGACAGGAGGGCACGCUAAACAAAUAAAUUCAAAAACUAAAGCAAGGCGGGCAUUUUCAUUUAUGGGCAUCAGAUUUUUAUUCUUCUAAAAAUUCGUUUCUCUUUCAAAAUUCAACUCCGCCAAUCCUCAAAAGCAUAGAUUCUGACACAUAGAUAGUUUAAUUUUAGCGAAUAGGAAUGAACUAGCUUUAUACUUCAAGAGAGCAAGAAGAAUCAGAAGAAGAAGCAAAAAUGGUGCUUCUCAAGGAAAAAACUGUUACUAGGCAAACCAAGACUACAGAGAAUUGGGGAACUAGUAAGAAUGUUGCUAUGAGUAGAUUUAAGGUUUAUUCGGAUAGGCAGAAGGUUAGUGGCCGUAGAAGCGAUGAUGCCGAUGCUAAGCUUCUGUGGACAUCCCUUGUGUCAAAAAAGAAGGUGACUCUACCGCCAAGUACCAUUGGGACUAAGACGAAGAUCCAAGUCAGUGGUGCUGAGUUAACUAGAAGCUGCCAUGGUGCUCUUGCCAAGACAAAGGUUGGAAGAAAAGCAUUGGCCGAUGUCAGCAAUAUACGGAGGCAAUCAUCUAGAUUUGAGAAACCUAGUGGUUCGAGGAAUUCAGUGGCUUUUGGCACUCUUACCAAUACUGCUUCAUCUAGUCGAUCUCAAGCGGGAAAUCUUAAGGGAAACUUGACUCGAGGUGUUGCAGUCUCAAACACUGCUGUAAAAGUGGCUACAGCUACCAUCAAAGCUCAGAGGGCAUCUUCAAAUUUCCACAGGGUCCAAGUGAAUGAAACUAUUGAAAACAUAACCAGGCAGAUUUCUAAGAGUAGUAAUACAAUCACAAGGAAGUCUUUUCCAGUAAUGAAGAAGGCUAGUCAGCUGGAUUCCAGUGACAUAAAGGGAGAUAAGACAAGUGAAAAGUUAACAAAAAAAUGUGGUUUCCCAAUAAAAGCAAAGGUUGGUGGAAAAUUAGCUCCCCAAAUGAGCAAUCUCAGUGGCAAAGUUUCAAAGGAAAAAGUGAAUGACAAUUUCCCACCAAAGUCACUGAGAAUUCAAACUAACAAGGAUGCUUUUGGAGGGGUAAAAAUACCAGUCAAGCCAAUUGCAAGAAACCGAUUACAAAUUUCCAAUGACCACAAUAAAUCUAAAUCCAAGAGCAUCUGUAAUUUGGAAAAAUCAUGUGGUACAACACCUGCCAGAAAAGUGAAGGUUGCCAAUUCUGUUGCAAAAACUUUGAAGAGUACAGGUUCUCGUGAAGAAGUUGCUGGAAUAGGAAUUCCAGCAAAAAGCAGUGACAACUUGCAAUCACAGUCAUCAGAGACUACUGUCAGCAUAAACACGGGGCGCAGAAAAUCAUACACAUAUUCGCUUAUAUCAAGAUCAAAGCUUCUAAAAUCAAGCAGUGAAGUCAGGGAACAUGAACUGUUGCCGAAUAUUGAUGAUGAGGGUAAUCCUCUUGAAGUUGCAGAGUAUGUUGAUGACAUCUAUGAGUAUUAUUGGAUAAUGGAGGCACAGAGUACACUACCAGAAAAUUAUAUGAUAAUUCAAACAGAUGUUACUCCACAAAUGCGGGGCUUAUUGAUUAAUUGGCUUAUAGAGGUACACUUCAAAUUUGAUCUGAUGCCAGAAACACUUUACCUCACAGUAGCUCUGCUGGACAGAUAUCUCUCAGUAGUUUCAAUAAAGAAAAAUGAAUUUCAGUUGGUUGGUCUUGCAUCCCUUUUACUUGCAUCAAAGUACGAGGAUUUUUGGCAUCCAAGGGUCAAAGACUUGAUUAGCAUCUCAGCAGAGUCAUAUACCCGAAAGCAAAUGCUUGAAAUGGAAAAGAGCAUCCUCAAGAAGCUAAAAUUUCGGUUGAAUUUGCCAACAGCUUUUGUCUUCAUGCUAAGGUUCCUCAAGGCUUCUCAGUCAGACAAAAGGCAUGAACAUCUCUCAUUUUACCUGAUCGAGUUAUGCUUGGUUGAAUAUGAAACCUUGAGGUUCAGACCAUCAUUGUUAUGUGCUGCAGCUGUAUAUGUUGCCCGUUGUACCCUAAAUGAGAUUGCAGGAUGGACUUCAUUGCUUGGAAAGCAUACACAUCAUGAGGAACAUCAAAUCAGGGAUUGUGCGGAGAUGAUUCUCCGAAUCCACAAAGCUGCAAGUGCAGGUCUUUUGAAGGUCACUUAUGACAAGUAUAUACAGCCAGAGUUUGGUGGUGUUGCAGCUAUCAAACCUCUGGACACUCUUCCUCUUUGAAGCCUUCUAUACCUCCUGUGGUUUUUAGUGGGCAGUGUAGCUUGUUGUUAGUCUCUCUUUUUUGGUUUGUGCUGUAUCUAAGUUUCUGAUUCGGUGAUUCCUUGUCAGAAUUUGUGUAUAAUAUCUUGCACACAUGUACAUACACAACACAUUAAACAUUGAGGCAUUGUGCAGUAGACUUUUUGACUGUACGAUUGUGUAGACUUGCUCUUUAUAUAUGUACAACUUAAACUCUAA